AUGGCUCGUUUAAUACGUCGUCAAUCAAUGGAACGUUUAGAACUUUAUGAUCUAGAUAAAUUAUUAGCUAUUCCUUCAACAAAUUUUGAUUUAUCGCCACCACCACCAAUACCGCCUCCACGUAAAUCUCAUCCAAGACGUGCAUCAAUGAAUCCAACAUUUGAGCGUUAUCAAUUUCUUUGUAAUAUGACACGUAAUAAAACCGAUCCAAUCUAUGCAGCUACACCAAUGUUUACAACAAUACCACAAUUAUAUCAAGAGAAAACUCAUCGACAAUUACUUGGCUCUUAUGUUCGUUUAGAAAAUGUAAAACCAUUAUCUCCGAAAAUAAUCGUAUCACCCGAACCUAAAAGUGCCGAAAUACUUGAAGAAGAGAAAGAAAAUGAAGGUAAUCGUGAUGAUGAUGAUGGUGACGCUAUGGCAAUGGAAAAAAAUGAUAAUGAUGGUGAUGGAAAUCAAUUUAGUGGUAGCAGCAGUAGUAGUAGUGUAGAAGAAGAUGAUGGUGAUUAUCUCGAUGAUGAUGAUGAUCAGAAGGGAGUUGUCGAACAAAUAUUUAAUAGACACAAAAAAGACUAA